AUGAAAGUUUUGUUUGGAUAUCAAGAUGUUCUUGAUAUGAUUACCGAUGGCAUUACUCCUCUUGGUAAAGAGGCUACAACAGCUCAAGAAGCGAAAUUCAAGGAAGAUAAGAAGAAAGACUACAAGGCCCUUUUCUUGAUCCAUUCUUGCGUCGACAGUGACAACUUCGAAAAAGUUGGCGAUUGCGACUCGGCGAAGACAGCUUGGGGUAUUCUUGAGAAAGCUUAUGCUGGUGCGGAUAAGGCGAAGGUGGUGAGGUUACAAACUCAUAAGCGGCAGUUUGAGUUACUUCAAAUGGAAGACAAGGAAACGAUUAACGAUUACGUGACGCACGUGACACGCUUGGGGAAUCAAAUGAAGUUGUGUGGUGAAGUCGUUUCCGAACAGAAUUUUGUGUCGAAGGUAUUGUGUUCUUUAACACCAACAUUCGAUAAUAUUGUGGUGGCGAUUGAGGAAUCGAAGGAUCUCAAGACGAUGACGAAAGAUGAACUUCAAAGUUCAUUGGAAGCUCAUGAACAAAGGAUGGACGAAAGAGGAAACGAUAAAGCCAAAGCAGAAGUUGCUUUGCAAGCCCGUUUCAACGAGAAGAAUAAGAAAUCGAAAGGGAAAUGGCCUUCUAGAGGAAAGAAAAACUUCCAGAAUUUUGAUGGAAAAGAGUCACAAAAUUCAAGGAAAGGUGAGGGCAGUUCCAAAGGUGAGGGUCAAGACAACUACAAGCCGUUCGACAAAAGCACCAAGAAUGCAGAAAAAUCUGCAAUAACGCAUUCGGAGAAAAGCGCAAUGGUAACAGUUCGAGAUGGAGCCCAAUGGAGAAAUGAGUGGUACUUGGACUCAGGUUGUUCGACAUAUAUGACGGGAAGAAAGGAUUGGUUCGUGAAGAUCAAUCAAGCCACGCGAAGUAGAGUGAAAUUCACGGAUGACACGACAUUAGCGGCCGACGGUGUCGAUGAUGUUUUGAUCAUGAGAAGGGAUGGUGGUCAUUCCUUGAUCAAAGAUGUGAUGUACAUUCCAGGAAUCAAGUGUAAUAUCUUGAGUAUUGGCCAAUUGCUUGAGAGGAAUUACAUGAUUUGGAUGGAAAACAAGGUUUUGCGCGUUUUGGACCAAAACGGUGUUUUGAUCCUUAAGGCUCCUAUGGCUGCCAAUAGGACUUUCAAGAUUGAGUUGGAAAUCAUGGAGCAUAGGUGCUUAGCUACAGCGGUAUGGUCUGGAUUCAAACCGAAUUUGAGUCAUUUGCGCGUUUUCGGUUCGGUAGCAUUUCAACAUAUUACGGGACAGCUUCGAAAGAAGCUUGAUGACAAGAGUGAAAUGAUGUUGCUUGUCGGAUAUCAUCCUACCGGAGGCUACAAGUUGUUUGAUGUGAGUAGCAAGAAGAUCGUAAUUAGUCGAGAUGUGAUCGUGGAUGAGGAAAAUCAGAAUUUUCAGCCUGCUGAAGGUGCUCUACAACAACCUUUCAGAACCGAAACAGGUGAAUCAAGUAGACGACCAACAAGGCGAAGAGGAUUGCCUUAA